GGGCUCUGCCGCGCGCACCGGGCGCGCUCCCGAAACGUGCUGCUGAUCCUGGCCGAUGACGGAGGCUUUGAGAGUGGCGCCUACAACAACAGCGCCAUCGCCACCCCCCACCUGGACGCGCUGGCCCGCCGCAGUCUGGUCUUCCGCAAUGCCUUCACCUCCGUCAGCAGCUGCUCUCCCAGCCGUGCCAGCCUCCUCACCGGCCUGCCCCAGCACCAGAAUGGGAUGUACGGCCUGCACCAGGGCGUCCACCACUUCAGCUCGUUCGACCGGGUGCAGAGCUUGCCGCUGCUGCUCCGCCAGGCGGGCGUCCGCACAGGCAUCAUUGGGAAGAAGCAUGUGGGGCCGGAGGCGGUGUUCCCCUUCGACUUCGCGUACACGGAGGAGAAUGGCUCCGUCCUCCAGGUGGGACGGAACAUCACUAGGAUCAAGCUGCUGGUCCGGAAAUUUCUGCAGACUCAGGACGACAGGCCCUUCUUCCUGUACGUUGCUUUCCACGACCCGCACCGCUGCGGGCACUCGCAGCCGCAGUACGGGACCUUCUGCGAGAAGUUCGGCAACGGCGAGAGUGGCAUGGGGCGGAUCCCAGACUGGACGCCCCAGGCCUAUGGCCCGCAGGAUGUGCUGGUGCCUUACUUCAUCCCUGACACUCCAGCAGCCCGAGCUGACCUGGCUGCUCAGUACACCACCAUCGGCCGGAUGGACCAAGGCAUCGGACUCGUGCUCCAGGAGCUGCAGGUGGCAGGUGUCCUGAACGACACGCUCGUGAUCUUCACGUCUGACAACGGGGUUCCCUUCCCCAGCGGCAGGACCAACCUGUACUGGCCGGGCACUGCUGAGCCCUUGCUGGUGUCGUCCCCAGAGCACCCAGGACGCUGGGGCCAGGUCAGCGAGGCCUACGUGAGCCUCCUAGAUCUCACGCCCACCGUCUUGGACUGGUUCUCCAUCCCCUACCCCCACUACGCCAUCUUCAGCUCGAAGCCCGUCCGGCUCACUGGCCGGUCCCUCCUGCCGGCGCUGGAGGCGGAGCCACCGUGGGCCACCGUCUUCGGCAGCCAGAGCCUCCACGAGGUCACCAUGUCCUACCCCAUGCGCUCGGUGCAGCACCAGAGCUUCCGUCUCUUGCACAACCUCCACUUCAAGAUGCCCUUCCCCAUCGACCAGGACUUCUACGUGUCGCCCACCUUCCAGGACCUGCUGGACCGCUCCGCGGCCGGCCGGCCCACGCACUGGUACAAGGACCUGCAUCGCUACUACUACCGGGAGCGCUGGGAGCUGUACGACCGGAGCCGGGACCCCCACGAGACGCAGAACCUGGCCGCCGACCCACGCUACGCCCCGGUCCUGGAGCUGCUGCGGGCCCAGCUGGUCAAGUGGCAGUGGGACACGCACGACCCUUGGGUGUGCGCCCCUGACGGAGUCCUGGAGGAGAAGCUGUCCCCCCAGUGCCGGCCACUGCACAACGAGCUGUGACAGCCCGUGGGGCCAGCUUUUCGGGCACUGACCACGGCCCUUCCUCUGAGUCCCCUCCGAGGAGGGCUGCCCGCCCCAUGCUGGUGUCCUUCCUGCCUCUACCUGGAGCGGGGUACAGGGUGUGUGCCCCAGCUGCUCCCCCCGUGGACAGCUGAGGGUGGUCUGGGCAAGGGGGUCUUAUUCUCUGGGGUUGAGUUGGCGGUCUCCGGGAAGAGGGGCUGGGACCUGGGCCUCAAGACCCUCUUCAUUCUUCGGAACCCACAAAGGUCCCCGUGCCCUUCCCAAGAGGAGACGGGCCUCCAGGUGCCACGUGAGCCCAAACCGCAUUGUACGUGGCACACAGUACUGGCCUUGAUCAGUCUGGUCCCAAGGAGCCUUGGGAACGGCCCACGGUCAAGUUCCAGACCCGCGAGCUGGGUCCCCACCAGGCCACCAAUUGGCAGCUGGCCCCCAGCUAACGAGUUGGAUCCUGUGGUCUGUGGGCAAAGCUGGUCCUUCUCUUUGAACGCCCGAGGGUGCAGACCCCCCGUCCUCAGCGGGGUUCACUCUGUUGGAGGAACACCAGGAUCCGUGGCACAGAUGUUCCUGGAAUGAUCCAGACCCACCUCUGCCCACACGAGAGCAGAAGCUCCUCCUGGGAAAACCCAGAAAAGGGGGCUUUCCCCCUGAGUGGGUGGCUCCUGUCACCCCUCCCUCCCCAUCCACUCCAUUCUGGGGUUGUGGGGAGAGAGCCACAGGCCAGAGCACUGCAAAAGCUUUUUAUUUUAGCAAAAUACACCAGAGUUCGUUUCUGAA